UAAAAAAUAUUGCCACUGUCAGUCAAGUUGAAACUUGUUGUGAAUUUAAAUCAAAGUCAAAAGCGAUAACUUGCGAUACUCUUUGUUAAACAGUAAACAAUUAAACAAUAAAAAACAACAAAUUAAUUAAUGUUGUAAACUUGUAAAGUGUAGGUAUACAAGAGUAAUAAUUUGAAAAAAUUACUACAUUUAAAUUAAUAUCUAAAUCUCCAAUGGCUUCCACCAAAGUUGAUAAAGAUAAUCAAGAGGAAAACGCAGUUCCAUGUCCUAUUUGCAACAAAAUGUUUGAAAAACCUGUUAUUGAAGAACAUGUUAAUAAAUGUUUAUUUUUGAAUUCAUCGGAAGGGAGUACACUUAAGCCAAAUAAAGUGGAACAAGUUAAUUCUAAAAGAAAUAGUUCACAUUUAAACAACUCAUCUUUUCAAGAAAAACGACCACGCAUCAGUAUUAGCCCUGGUUCUUCUAAAUCUGAAAAAUCACGUGUAGCAGAACCCAGUAAGAAAACUCAAUUAAAAGAAUGCAAAAGUAUACCUCUUGCUGAACGCAUGAGACCAUUACACCUGGAAGAUAUAAUAGGACAAGUGCAGGUUUUUGGCCCAGGGUCAAUGAUAAGAUCUUCAAUAGAAAAUAAAAUCAUACCUAAUAUGAUUCUUUGGGGACCACCUGGCUGUGGAAAGACGUCAUUAGCAAAUGUAAUUGCUAAUAUUUGUAAAGAGCAAAAUAACCUGAGAUUUGUUAAGUUAUCUGCCACAAUGGCAGGAAUAAAUGAUGUCAAGGAAGUGGUGAAAAUUGCAAAAAAUGAAGCUCAGUUCAAAAGGCAGACUGUAUUGUUUAUGGAUGAAAUCCACAGGUUUAACAAACUGCAGCAGGAUACAUUCCUACCUCAUGUAGAAAAUGGUACAAUUAUUCUUAUUGGUGCUACUACUGAAAAUCCUUCAUUUAGUUUAAACAAUGCACUGCUAAGCAGAUGCAGGGUUGUGGUGAUGGAAAAAUUAAGUGCUGAUGAUGUAUUAAAAAUACUAAAGCAUGCUCUUAUGAAGACUGGAAAAGCAGUCAUUGGAAAUGCCAAACAGGACCUUGGAAAAACAUCUUCUGAUCUACCUCAGUGUAUUGUUGAAGAAGCAUCGUUAAAGUGGUUAGCAGAAAUGUGUGAUGGAGAUGCAAGGGUUGCGCUGGGUGCCCUGGAAUUGGCGCUAGCUGCAAGAGCACCGGAGACAGCUCAGUCAAAACCAGCUGUACUUAGGCUUGAAGAUAUUAUUGAUGGUAUUAAGAGAUCACACAUGGUUUACGAUCGAAAAGGCGAGGAGCACUAUAAUACUGUAUCAGCAAUACACAAGUCAAUUCGUGCCAGUGACGAUAAUGCUGCUUUGUAUUGGACUACGCGAGCUAUGCACGGAGGCGAGGACCCUUUGUAUAUUGCGCGGCGUCUGGUGAGGGCUGCUUGUGAGGACAUAGGUUUAGCUGACCAGUCUGCCAUAGUGGAGGCUGUUGCAUGUUUACAAGGGUGUCAGCAGCUUGGAAUGCCGGAAUGCGAUGUUCUGCUCGCACAAUGUGCUGUAAGACUUGCAAGAGCACCUAAAAGUACAGAAGUAUACCGUGCUAUGAAAAGAUGUCGAAAAUCAUUGAUGGAAGCUAAAGGUCCUCUUCCACCAGUCCCGCUUCAUUUGCGUAAUGCACCUACAAAGUUAAUGAAACAACUAGGUUAUGCAAAAGGUUAUAAUAUGCUGCAUAAGGAUAAAUCGGGAUUAAACUAUAUGCCGGAGGGAAUGGAGGGUAGAGAUUUUUUUCAAGACAGUGAUAGUUCUAAUGAGUAGUGAAUGAAAUUAAAAUCAUUUAAAUACUA